UAUAUUAACCCAUUUCGCCAUUGUUGUAGGCAACACAAAGCUUCAACUUUCUUGCUUCAUCUCUCUGAUUUUCCUUCUCAAGUAUGGCCUCACAAAAUACCAACAAACCUGAGUCAAGAGCCCCAGUAGUGGUGCAAUCAGCCAAGCCCAAAAAUUGGGCCCUUUUGCUGCUGAGAGUUUUGGCGUUUUGUGCGACUGCCACUGCCACAAUUGUCAUGGCUCUCAACAAAGAAACCAACACCUUUGUGGUUGCCACCAUGGGCACCACUUCCAUUAAAGCCACUCUCACUGCCAAGUUUCAGCACACUCCUGCUUUUGUGUUCUUUGUGAUAGGUACUGCAUUGGUGAGCCUUCAUAACUUGCUUAUGAUAUUAGUGAGCAUCCUUGGAGGGAAGCUUCACCUUCGCCAUGGCAUGGUUGCCAUUUUGGACAUGCUGAAUGCGACUUUGAUAUCAGCCGCGGUGAACGCGGCGGUUUUCAUGGCGCAGCUAGGGAAGUAUGGCAACUCUCAUGCAAGGUGGAGCAAAAUUUGUGACAAAUUUGAAACUUUCUGCAGCCAUGGAGCUAUAGCCAUUCUUGCUUCAUAUAUUGGGCUUGGCCUCAUGUUGCUCAUUUCUGUCAUGUCCAUUCUCCAGCUUAUUAGGCCCAAAUCAAACUAUCAAGUUUCUAAUCCAUAAUUUAUUGUUGUUGGCUCAAUUUCUCAUUGAUGUCUUCAAUAAAAUGUUGUGUGUGUAUUUUAUUUUGACCAA